GUUUACCAUAUUCAAUGAGGUUGGCCGGAUUUCCACUGGGACUUUUGCUUUUAAUCGGAGUGGCAUACGUAACAGAUUAUUCCAUGAUACUCUUGAUUAAAGGAGGAUCAAUGUCUGGAACAAACACAUACCAGUCUCUGGUCAGCAAGACAUUUGGGUUCCCAGGAUAUUUUCUUCUGUCAGUCCUCCAAUUUUUAUAUCCUUUCGCAGCAAUGAUCAGCUAUAAUAUAGUAACUGGAGACAUUCUGCCAAAAAUAAUUCAGCGUAUUCCUGGAGUUUCUCAUGACAGUUGGUACGUUGAUCGUCAUGUUGUGAUAGUGCUCAGCACCGCUGUGAUUACACUGCCCAUUGCCCUGUAUCGCAAUAUGGAAAAGCUGGGAAAGGUUUCCUUAUUAUCCCUGCUUUUAACAUUCACUGUACUGGUGAUUAUCAUCGUGAGAGCAACGUCUUUGACUUCAGAAAUACCCCAUACAGAAGAUGCCUGGGACUUUGCUAGGUCAAAUGCAAUGCAAGCAGUUGGUGUCAUGUCCUUUGUCUUCAUGUGCCACCAUGCUUGCUUUCUUAUAUACGGCUCCCUGGAAAAGGCCACGGUCGGCAACUGGUCCCGUAUUACCCACGUGUCAAUGUUGCUCUCGCUGUUCAUCAGUUUGCAGUAUUCUGUCUUUGGAUAUGUGUCCUUCACAGGAUUCACUCAGGGAGAUCUGUUUGAGAAUUACUGCAGAGAGGACAACCUGGCCACAAUUGGACGAUUCUGUUACGCAAUAACGAUUAUUCUGACAUACCCCAUGGAAUGUUUUGUGGCAAGAGAGGUCAUUUCAAACGUCUUCUUCGGUGGCAAUCUUCCAUACCCUCUGCAUUUAGCCGUGACUGUUGCAAUUGUGUCCCUGACCACAGCUGUAUCGUUGGUGUAUGACUGCCUAGGAAUGUUUUUGGAAUUAAAUGGAGUCCUAAGUGCCACUCCUCUGGUGUUCAUUAUUCCCCCUGCUUGUUAUCUGAAACAGUCUGAAAAGCCCUGGUACCAUUUGGAUAAUGCCAUGCCCCUUCUAAUUUUGCUACUUGGUGUGGUCAUAAUGCCAGCUGGAUUCAUCAUGGCGAUCUUGUAUCCACAGGAGUGCAGUCAUGGUAAUGAAAUGUUCUACUGCUUGUCUGCUAAUUCCACAUUGAAUAUGACAUUUGGUUCUACCAAAUGAAUGAUUUUAAUAUCAGUGCACUGACUGGAAAAGGGAAACCCAGACCUUCUGUAACAAACCCUCAUGGAACUCAGCUCAAACACCCAAGCCUGAUCUACUAACUGGAAAAAUGCCAACACUGGGUGCAGCAAAUUUCAUUGAUAUCCCAAUGUAUCAAAUUGUCUGUGUGGUUUAUUAUUAUAUAAUACACAAGAGCCAUGAAUAUCCUGUCAAUGAUAUCCUUAUA